AUGUACUUUGCUUGUAAAGAAGAGUUUCAAGAAGCAAUAAGAUGUUAUGCAAUCCAGUCUCAAAGAGCUAUUAAAUAUAAGAAGAAUGACAAGAAGAGGAUAAGGCUGAUUUGUAAAAGUGGUUGUGUAUGGUCUGCUUACUGUUCACAUAUUCCAGGGCAAGAAACUUGGCAAUUGAUGUUUGUUAAAGAUGAGCAUAAGUGUAAUAGGGAACCUAAGGUCAAAAUGCUUAGUGCCAAAUGGUUGGGAAAAAGAUUACAUAAGAAGGUUAAAGAGAAUCCCAAUUUGAAAUUGAUUGAUAUUAUGGAGAAAACACAACAAAAAUGGAAUUUAAAGAUAUCUAAGAGCAAAGCAUCUAAAGCCAGGGGUAUUGCUUUUGAUUUAGUAGAUGGGUCAUUUAGAGAACAAUACACUAGGUUUUAUGAUUACUCCCAUGAAUUACUAAGAUCAAACCGUGGUUCAACAGUUAUAGUCACUACUACACCAUUUCAAGGUGAUGAGGCUGACUUGGAACAUCCUGAAAGGCCUUUGUGUCCACAUUUCCAAAGGGCUUACAUUUGUUUCAAGGGAUGUAAGGAAAGUUUUUUAAUUUGUAGGCCGAUAAUUUGUUUAGAUGGGGCAUUUCUUAAAGGAUAUUAUGGUGGUCAAAUACUAGCUGCAAUUGGAAGAGACCCUAAUGAUCAAAUGCUACCCAUUGCAAUUGAUGUGGUUGAGGGUGAAACAAAAAAGACUUGGAAAUGGUUUUUGGAGCUGUUAACCAUAUGA